GAGCUGGGAGGCGGCUCCGGCGCGGACCUCGGAGAACCUGACUGCCAACCCGAGAGCCAAUCUCGGUGUCCGAGGCCAGCGGAAGCUCGGAGCCAUCUAACGACCCGGCGAGCGGCCUCAGGCCCCGCCAUGGGGAAGACCAACAGCAAGCUGGCCCCAGAGGUGCUGGAGGACCUGGUUCAGAACACCGAGUUCAGCGAGCAGGAGCUGAAGCAGUGGUACAAGGGCUUCCUGAAGGACUGCCCCAGCGGCAUCCUCAACCUGGAGGAGUUCCAGCAGCUCUACAUCAAGUUCUUCCCCUACGGCGACGCCUCCAAGUUUGCGCAGCACGCUUUCCGCACCUUCGACAAGAACGGCGACGGCACCAUCGACUUCCGGGAGUUCAUCUGCGCCCUUUCGGUCACUUCCCGAGGCAGCUUCGAGCAGAAACUCAACUGGGCCUUUGAGAUGUACGACCUGGACGGCGACGGGCGCAUCACACGCCUGGAGAUGCUGGAGAUCAUCGAGGCUAUCUACAAGAUGGUGGGCACCGUGAUCAUGAUGCGCAUGAACCAGGAUGGGCUCACGCCCCAGCAGCGUGUGGACAAGAUCUUCAAGAAGAUGGACCAGGAUAAGGAUGACCAGAUUACUCUGGAGGAGUUCAAGGAGGCGGCCAAGAGUGACCCAUCCAUUGUGCUACUGCUGCAGUGUGACAUGCAGAAGUAGAGAGCAAAGGCUGGUGAGGGGCAGGGCCCCUGGCCAGGAGGAGCGUGGCCACCUCCCAAUCCCAUGAUCUCUCUGGCUGGCCCUCACCUCCCUGGAAGGGGGUACUCUAGCCUCACUCUCUGGCCUACUCACCCCAGUGCCCAAGCCCUUGCUUUCCUCAAUCAAGAUCUUUGAGGGACCACCUCACCCUGGAAAAAAGAUCCUCAGGUAUCCUGUGGUCUCGUGCCACCCCCAGUCUUGGCCCACACUUAACAUUCACUGGGCAUAGGGGAGUUGGCUUUUGCCCCUACAAGCAGGGUUAAGGAAGGAGGUUGGGGUUCUGCUUUGGAAGUCUGUUCUUGGGAUUAUACUAUAUAGGAUGUGGUCCCACAUACCCCAGUUAAAGGGCCAAAUUGGGUCUGUCCUUUGUUGAGGACCCAGAUCCCUUAAAAGUGGUCUCUGCCCUGACCCUCGACUCUCCCUGGCCCCUCUGGCCCCUGUCUUUGGAGCGUUCAUUCAGUCCUUUCUUCAGCUAACAUUUAUUGAGCAGCUGUUCGAUGUCGGGCACCUCUAGGUGCUAAGAAUAUGGUAGUCUGCAAGACACAUUCCGUGCCCUCUGGAAGCUCAUAGAGUGGCGAGGCAGACUCCCAGCGGUCAGUCUCAGAUGGGGACGUCGAGCAGAGCUGAGCGGAGGGUGCAGUAAGGCUGGUUAGUUUGAGAGAAGCUAUUAACUCUUUCCACUCAGUUCUACGCAGAACUGCAGAAGGAUAAAUGAGAAGUGUUUGGAAGUCUAGGAACCCUGUGAGUGGGAGUUUUGAGAAAAAUUUAA